UAGCAACUUAGCAACCAACAUCGAUGGUGAUUCUCUCUUACCGCUAUAGAUUUGAGUAAUAAAUAUGAAAUAUGGAAGGAACACAACAGAACCAACAUGAAAAUCAACAUAAGAGUGCCGCACAGAUUAAAGGGGUCAAGGAAAUCAGUAGAAAGAGUCCUAGGGAAGAUGAAGACAAGAAGGGGAACAAAAAGAAUAGAAAACCCAGAAAGAGGAAAAGAUCUGCAAAACAGAUAGAAAGAUGGAAUAGAUAUAGAGAAAAUAAAUAUUUGAAUUACGUCCACGGUGCUUACAAUGGUCAACUUGACCAAGCACAGAGUGCGUCAUAUUUAAUGCCUUAUGUUAAUCCACUAAUACGACCUGUAAUAAGACCAGCUGACUUACCGCUUUCUCGCAGCGUCUUACAAUAUGCAGACACUCGCGAUGAAAGGCAUGUCAAAGAUGCGCAAGUAUUGCAGAAUGGUCCAGGAGCAUUGCAGUACUCCGGGUCAGUUUUAGCCGUCGAUGAUGUUGUAUCCAAAACGAUAAUGCUGCCCCGAGAACAACAAUUUGCUGAUACAUUCGUUAGCGGGAUGCUCCCAGAUCCGAAAGCUCCGGAAAUAGUCUCCGAACUGAGAGCAGAUGCGAAAAUUUUUGUGCCAAGAUCGACCGAAAGGCUUCAAGAACAGCGUGUUCCAUACAUUAUAGCUCGUGCCUUAGAACUAGCGGGCAACUUUAGAGCCGCUGAAGAAAUUCGUGCUGUUACCGAUCACUAUAAUUUCGAUGAUGAUGCUGAUGUCGACAUAACCGUUCACGAUGUUACAGAUGAUGACAUAUUUGGAAUUAUGUCAGUUUAUGCUGACAGUGGUCUUAACAAUAAGUGUGACGAGAUGGCAUGCAGUAACACGAUGCAAGAAGACUUUGGUUACGUUUACUUUUCUAUCCAAAAUUUGUAAAAACGACAAAAAUGUAAAAUAAAAGCUGUUAUAAUUAAACUAUAA